UGAAAACGCUUCAAUUUUUUUUAAAAAAAAUUGGGGGAAUGCGAUCCCUGCAGUAUCGGCCAUCAUCGUUCAAGCAACUCUUAUUCUCAUGCGGAGGCGCUCAAACCCUAGCCCGAAUCCACGCUCUCAUCGUCAUCUCCGGCGCCCUCGCCGGCCCGCACUCCCCCGGCCACCUCAUCGCCGCCUACGCCCGUCUCGGCGACGUCGCCGCCGCCCGAGCCGUGUUUCGCACCUCCUCCAACCCCACCAUCUCAACAUGGAAUGCUCUCAUUGUCGCCAACUCCCGGCUCGGCUCUCCGGCCGAUGUCCUCCGCCUCUACCGCCUCCUCGCGGCCCGUCCCGGCCUGGCACGGCCCGACAGCUCCACCUUCACGUUGGCCCUUAGGGCCUGCGCCCAUUUGUCGGAUCUCGAAGCCGGCGAGGAGAUCAAGAACCGCGCGGCGGACCUCGGCUACCGCUACGAUGUAUUUGUCUGCUCUUCGCUGCUUAAUCUGUAUGCGAAAUGCGGGAAGAUGGAUGAUGCGGUGAAGGUGUUCGAUGAAAUGCCUAAAAGAGAUGUUGUUUCGUGGACAACGAUGAUUACGGGGUUUGUGAACGCCGGGGAGCCGUUGGAGGCGAUUGGAAUGUAUAAGAGGAUGCGGUUGGAAGGGAUGGAGGGAGAUGGGAUUGCAAUGGUCGGCUUGGUACAGGCUUCUGCGGCCUUGGGAGAUGUGCGGAUGGGCUGUUCCGUGCAUGGGUACAUGGUGCGGCGUGAAAUCAAUUUGGAUGUUCUUGUUGAAACUAGCCUGGUCGACAUGUAUGCUAAAAAUGGGUUCUUGGACACUGCACUUUUUAUAUUCAAUAGAAUGCCGUAUAAGAAUGUGGUUUCUUGGAGCGCCUUGAUUUCGGGCUAUGCUCAAAAUGGGCUUGCGGGGGAUGCGUUGUCGAUGCUAAUCAAGAUGCAGGAUUGUGGGCUGGAGCCUGAUUUGGUUGCGCUUGUGAGUGCCAUUCUAGCUUGUUCUCAAAUGGGGUGUUUGAAGUUGGGUAAGUCGAUCCACUGUUUCAUCCAACGAAGGUUCGAAUUUGAAAGAAUUUCUGCUACUGCAGUUAUUGACAUGUAUUCAAAAUGUGGUUCCUUAAUAAGCGCCCGUGCCCUUUUUGAUCGGAUUAGUUCAAGAGACUUGAUCUCCUGGAACACUAUGAUUGCUAGCUAUGGCGCUCAUGGCUGCGGGAAGCAUGCCCUCUCCCUUUUUCGAGAGAUGAACAAAACCAAAAUAAACCCUGACCAGGCUACCUUCGCUUCUCUUUUGUCAGCUCUUGGCCACUCAGGCUUUGUAGAAGAAGGGCGCUACUGGUUCGAUCGCAUGGUUAGAGAAUAUAGGAUCAAGCCGGGCGAGAAGCACUAUGCUUGUAUCGUAGAUCUUUUGGCUCGAGCUGGCCAUGUCGAUAAAGCUCACGAGCUAAUCAAAUCAAUGGUGAUUGAGCCAGGGAUUGCAGUGUGGGUCGCUCUUCUUUCUGGGUGUCUCAAUCAUAAAAGAUUGGAGCUUGGACAAUAUAUAGCAGAAAAGGUUCUAAACCUGAAUCCUGAUGAUCUAGGGGUGUACUCAUUGGUCUCCAAUGUUUAUGCUGCAGCAAAGAAUUGGGACAAAGUAAUAGAGGUAAGAAAAGUAAUGAAGAGUAUGGGUAUGAGGAAGGUUCCAGGGUAUAGCUUGGUGGAAGUGUGUGGUCAGCUCCACGCAUUUCUUAUGGAGGAUAAGAGCCAUCCACAUUAUGAAAAGAUUGCAGAAAUGCUACAGAAGCUAGGUUUUGAGAUGAGGAAAAUGAGUUAUGUUCCGAAAACUGAGUUUGUGUUUCAUGACCUUGAGGAGGAUGUUAUGUAGUCAUAGUUAAAGGUUGGCCAUUGCCUUUGGGUUGUUGAACACUAGCCCUGGGACUAGGGUUGUGAUUAUAAAGAAUUUAAGGGUAUCUGGGGACUGACACAAUGUGAUCAAGUACAUUUUGAGAAUCAUGAAUCAAGAGAUAGUGGUGAGAGAUGUGAAAAGGUUUCGCCAUUUUAAAGAUGGAAUGUGCUCUUGUGUUGAUUACUGGUAAAGGUGAAUGGUUUUAGCUCCUUUAUUGGGUGAAGGAGCUCGCAUUCAUGGAACCUCUAAAUGGAAGAGAAAGGAUGGAAGCCGCUUUGAUAAAGAGGAUGCACUGCUGUUCUGCGAAGCACUUCAGAUUUGCAGCAGUAACUACAUGCCCUUAGCCGCAGGUGAUAUAUCAGUGCUCCUGGAACAUUUUCUCUACUCCAGAAGCAGUAGUGUGAAGUUUUUGGCAGUGGCGGAAAGCUAAAAUGAUUUUUUGGACCCAAAGAGAGAAGCUCCCAUUAAGAAUGCUGUUUUCCUAGCUGCAACUUGUAGCUGCUACACUAUUGCGGAAUCUUUAAUAUGAUCAACCGGCACAAGAGAUAUCAUUGGUCUGGUGAUUAGAAUCAUCAACUACACUGUAAGGGAGGAGAGGAAAAUCAAUAUAUUCAAGAUUCAAUUAUCUGCAACCAUAGAUCGUUUUCCAGGAUCGUCUUGACGAAUAAGCUGAAGAUAUUGCUGGAACAGUAGGUCAGUUUCUAUCCGCCUGAAACAGCUAAUUUAUUUCAAAUUUGCCAACUUUGUGCAGAAAAGUUAUGAGAGGGAAAGAAAUAAGAAGAAUCAGAGUUUGUCCAUUUUAUCAAGUCAAAAAAGCAUCAUAGUCCUUGCUUCAAAUUUCUUGGCUGUUCUCUGAUGCCUUCCAUUUCCCUUGUAACGUCCAUGAUUGCUCAUUUGUGCGCCGUUGGAUCGCAAGAAAAAGAGACAGCUUCAACGUAACAGAGCUGCGAAAUUUCGGCACCUUUCCUGAGAGAUUAUUGUUAGUGACGUCCAGCAGCUGCAACACAGGUAAAGCGGCCAGGCUCUCCGGAAUGGAUCCGUGCAGUCUGUUGUUGCUCAGCACAAUCUUCUUCAGUGAGGUGAGUUCGGCAACAUUCGAUGAGAUUGUCCCUGAGAAAUUGCGGUUCGAGAAAUCGAGGACAACGAUAUCAUUCGCCUUUGCGUCGCAACCAAUCCCGAGCCACCUGCUAUCAGUGCAAGGAUCGUUCCCCGUCCAGGAACUAGCUAGCUCGAGCGGGUAGCCGAAUCCCGCCGCCACCUCUAACAGUAUUGUCACUCUUGCGUCGCACGGCCCGGGCACCGUCCUGCAGAAGCUAUUCUUGCCGCCAACAUCAAUUGAAAUAUUUUAAGCAGAGAAGACCGGGAACGGGCCCUGCAGUUUGUUGUUCGACAGCGAGACAUUUCGAAGUGUGGCGCGCCACCUUAGUGACAGCGGAACGAUUCCCGUCAGAUCGUUAUCGCGAGCUUGGAAAGACUGCAGCAGAGUGAGGUUAGAGAGAUCGGGGAUAGGGCCGGUGAGGUGGUUUGAUUGCAGUUCUAUGCGAACCAAUUGCGGCGGCGCGCCGAUCAUGCUGAUAUGACCGGUUAGGUUGUUAUGAGAUAGCGUGAGAUUCGCUAAAGAUGAUAACGACGCAAAUUCAUCGGGAAUCGCGCCAGUGAUGCCGGCAUUAGAUGCUGACAAAUCACUGAGGUUCGAGGAGCCUGAAAGACUAGAUGGUAAACUCCACGGUGCUAGAGGGAUGUUGUCCAUGGAAACUCGCCGCAGGCGAAUGAGACCGGAGAAAAAGUCAGUGGGGAUAGAGGAGAAGGCCGUGUCAUGGAGUAUGAGGGUGUCAAGAAAUUCGAGGUCGGCCAAGGAAGGUAGCGGUCCAGAAAGAGGGUUGUUGCUGAGGUCGACAGAUUGUAGGGCAGAGAGCUUGGCGAUGGAGGGGUGGAGAGUGCCGGAGAGUUGAAGAUCGUAGAAUACGAGGUCCGUCACUCGGCCUUUGUCGCAUCCCACAUUUAUCCACGGUCCUUCGCAGGGGUCCGUGCCUUUUUCUCAAGUACCCGGAAGAUGAGGGGAUGAGAAGCUCCCGACUAUGUCCCACAUGAGCUGGGAGUCGACGGACAGAGCCGAUACGAAGGUAAAGACAUUGGAACAGCAGAGAAAAGUUAUUAGAAAGGAUAUGAGAUGCGAGAACUUAGCCAUUUUCGCACCGUCGAAAAAAACAAAUGAAGAUGUAUUCAGGAUUUAAAAAGAAAAAUACUUUCAAAAAAGGCAAGAAGUAGAUUUUCGAAAUCUGAAUAAUCCUACUCUGCUUGUGCAAGAUUCCUGCUUGUGCAAGAUUCCUGCUCGCCAUUAUUUCUUUUGUUUCUUUCCAAUUAUGGUGUUAACAAAAAGGGGCACUUUAAAAUCGGUAUUCUAACACAAUACCCUAUUAUAUAAUCAAAAAAUUGAUACACCAACCAUCCCUAGAGCAAGUGGCAAAGCGGUGGUUGG